GUUUGUUUCUGGGGAAAAGCAAAGCAAAUACUUCUUCCAUAUGGAGACGUUGUCGUUGUUGCGAAGAAAGAUGCUUUGUCGCUGGAGAUGUCCCUGAAGCUAAACUUUCUCUCUCUACAACACCAUCAUCACUUUAUAUCUUCUUUCUCUCUCUACAUUCACACCCUCCCCCACAAUGAAGAAGAAGAAACGAGAUAACGCGGUCGCCGGAGUUCAAAUCAUCCACGGCGCACUCUUCCGCCGCCGCCGCCACCUCCACCACUUCCUCCCGCUCCUCUCUGCCGUCGCCGGCGCCCUUCUCUUCCUCAUCGCCGUCAUUUCAUUUCUCUCUCCUCCGAUCACCAACCAUAACCACCCACACAGCUCGUUGGAAAAAAAUGGGUCUGUGGUUCGAUCGAAUGUGGAACGAAGGAUGGUCUUUCUUGUUCCGACGAAUGGAGGGAGUUUAGGCCGUGAUCUUUGGAGCUCGAGGCAAUCGAAUAUCUAUUACGGAUGCAGUAAUGCCAGCCAUAAUUUUCCGAAUCAUUCUGCUGAAGUGAAUGCGCAUCCCAAGGGAUACUUGAUGAUUGCAACCAGUGGAGGCUUAAAUCAACAAAGAACCGGGAUAACAGAUGCUGUUGUUGCAGCCCAUAUAUUAAAUGCUACUCUUGUCAUUCCAAAGCUGGACCAAAAAUCUUUUUGGAAGGAUGCCAGUGACUUUGCUGAAAUCUUCGAUGUUGAUUGGUUUAUAUCGCAUCUGAAAAAAGAUGUUGAAAUCAUUAAACAGCUUCCCGCAAAGGGUGGGAAGGUUGCGAAUCCAUAUACCAUGCGUGUUCCAAGGAAAUGCACUCCAAGAUGCUAUCAAAAUCGCGUCUUACCUGUUCUUAAAAAAAAGCAUGUUGUUCAGCUUACUAAGUUUGACUAUAGGCUUGCAAAUCGGUUGGACACAGAGUUACAAAAGCUGAGGUGUAGGGUUAACUACCAUGCUUUGAAGUUCACUGAUUCUAUCCUUGCAAUGGGUGAAAAAUUAGUCACAAGGAUGAGGAUGAAAAGCAAGCAUUUCAUUGCCCUGCAUUUGAGGUUUGAACCUGAUAUGCUUGCAUUUUCUGGAUGCUAUUAUGGUGGGGGAGAAAAGGAAAUGGGAGAACUCGGCGCAAUACGAAAGAGGUGGAAAACUUUACAUAUAAGGAACCCUGACAAAGAAAGAAGGCAUGGAAAAUGUCCACUAACUCCUGAGGAAGUUGGUCUUAUGCUGAGAUCAUUGGGUUUUGGCAAUGAUGUUCACAUUUAUGUGGCGUCUGGUGAAGUAUAUGGAGGUGAAGAGACAUUGGCACCACUCAAAGCACUUUUUCCAAAUUUUCAUUCGAAGGAGACUAUUGCCAGCAAGGAAGAGUUGGCACCAUUUACAUCUUUUUCUUCUCGUAUGGCUGCACUAGACUUCAUUGUUUGUGAUGAGAGCGAUGUUUUUGUCACCAACAAUAAUGGCAACAUGGCUAGAAUGUUAGCUGGAAGAAGGAGAUACUUUGGGCAUAAACCAACAAUCCGUCCAAAUGCUAAAAAACUUUAUCGGUUGUUCAUGAGCCGAGAAAACAUGACAUGGGAGGAAUUCGCCUCAAGAGUUCGAACUAAUCAGAUCGGCUUCAUGGGAGAGCCAAAUGAGAUGAGGCCAGGCAGGGGUGAGUUUCAUGAAAACCCUUCAUCCUGCAUAUGUGAAAAUUUUGAGGCCAAGGCUAGGAGGGAUUCUGAAACUGAGGCAAUUAUCAGCCAUAAAAAUGCUACAGAAAAUAAUACGAAGAAGGAACCUGAUGAAACAAUUAAUGACCAGUUUACCGAGGAUGAGCAGGAUUGGUCUGAGCAACCAGAGCUGGAAGAGAUGUUCUCAGAUUAAAUGAAGGAUAUAUUUACCCUUGGGAAGAGUUACAUGCUUUACCUAACCCAUUAUUUUCAUGAAAUUCUGUGGGUCUAUUAUUUAAGCCAUCAACGGUAUGCUUCUAUUGAUACACCUUUAGCUUGACAAAUCGGCUUUGGCUACAGAAAACAGUGUGUAUAUAAUGGCCUUGCCAGCUGAGCAGUUCAGGUCUCAGUUUUUGUUAUUGAGUUGCAGUUUUGAGGCGCCAGAAGAUGAGCCGCGCUUUUCAUAUUUUGGAGAAUUGUGUACAUUAAGAGGCACUAGGACUUUGUCACCAAAGAUGACAUUUUAUACUUUCUUCGAUAAAUUCUUGCCAUGAACCAAAUGGAAAGGAUUUUUAUAUGAUAGGGGAGGCAUCGAAAAGGUAUGUAGAGAACCUUUUUUAAAAAAAAAAAAAAUUUGUUUUCGGUUUUUCAGAAUCUUGUUGAUAGACAUAAAUCUCAGAAUGUUUAUUUGGUUUUAGAAUACUUAAUUAUUCCUGCCAAAAAUCCAAGGCAAGGAUGGGAAGAAUGUAAAGGGUUUUUUUUUUUUUUUUU